AUGCCCCCAAACGGAUUCUCCGCCCUGCACCAACCCAUUUGCGCCUUCUCACCACACCACCACAGACGAAUGACUCAGUCAAAUGAAGAGCUGUGGCAGGAGCUUCUAUCAUCUGCGGACAGUGAUCUCUCCCUGGGCUACGUGGACCUUGCCACUGACGCGUACCGUAUGACAGGCCAAUAUGUGGAAAUUUCGAUACUGUUCCUGCUACAGAGCCCCGGCGGUAGUACUGGUCUGAACAAUUUCUUGGUCGAGCGUUAUGGCGUAUUCAUAGACUGCACCACAACCCUCGACCAAGAAAUUGCCAGUGCGGUAUGGGAAACGAAGCUUACGGUCACCCAGGCGCUGCUGCUCAGUACUCGGUGGCUCAUGCUUCUCGGCACGGUUCUGAAGGCUGCACCCUCGACAGGAGCGCGCUGUGAGCUCGCCAGUGCUCAAGGAUACCGUGACAAUGAUCUUACGGUACUGCCCGCCGGGCCCUAG